GUUGGUAAAAUCCAUAAAACUUCACUUUCAAUAAUUAAUUACAAAAGUUAUGUGCAGCACACUAUAAAGCUGGCAAUAAUCCGACGUUUGGUGCCAAACAAAUCAAUUGGAACACUCUGCAGGUAGCUAGAUUGCAAAAAGCGAAUGCAAUGGCUUCCAAUGGCCUACGACCAGAAGAUGUGGUGGUGCUCAUGGUGCCCUUCCCUCUUCACGGCCAUCUCAACCAGCUCCUCCACCUCUCCCGCCUCAUCUCCGCCCACGAUGUGGCGGUCCACUACGUAGGUACCGCGGCCCACAACCGCCAGGCUCGGCGGCGGAUCCACGGCUGGAACCCCCUGUCGAUAUCCAACAUCUUUUUCCAUGAUCAGUUCCCAUCACUUUCUUUUCAAUCUUCUUUCCCUUCACGUCCCCAGCCACUAUUCGACGCCUCAUCGGCCCUGCGACAGCCUGUCGCGGAGCUUUUGCGCUAUCUUUGUGCCAUAAACCGUCGAGUUGUCGUCAUUUACGACUCUUUGAUGGGAUCAGUGGUGCAAGAUUUUGUCAAAUUUCCUAAUGCUGAGUCCUACACUUUUCACAGUGUGUCGGCGUACACGAUUUUCUUCUUCUUGUGGGAAAAAACAGGGAGGCCUUUCGCCAUUGACAAAGAAAUCCUGGAAAAUUUGCCGUCCCUGGAAGGGUGUUUCAGUCCCGAGUUCGUGAAAUUCGUCGGAAAUCAGCAUCAGUACAUGAAACUGAAUUCUGGCAGGAUUUACAACACAUGCAGGGUGGUGGAAAGUCCGUUCCUUGAGCUAUUAGCAAAGCCUGAAAUCAGUGGAAACAAGAAACAAUGGGCUCUCGGGCCGUUCAAUCCGGUGGGGGCAGAAUCAGUCGAAAGGAAGAAACCAUCAUCCAAUUCAGAUUCCCGUCACAGAUGCUUAAAAUGGCUUGACAGACAGGGCCCCAACUCAGUGAUCCUUGUCUCUUUCGGGACAACAACAACAUUGUCAGAUAAACAACUCCAGGAGCUGGCGACGGGCCUGGAGAAAAGUCAGCAGAAGUUUGUAUGGGUUCUGAGAGAUGCUGACGGGGCGAACUUUUUCGGCCGGGAAAUUAAAAGAGUUGAAUUGCCAAAAGGGUUCGAAGAGAGGGUGAAAAAGAGGGGAAUGGUUGUGAGAGAUUGGGCUCCGCAGUUGGAGAUUUUGGGGCACUCUGCAACAGGUGGGUUUAUGAGCCACUGCGGUUGGAAUUCGUGCAUGGAGAGUAUCUCCAUGGGCGUUCCCAUUGCGGCCUGGCCGAUGCACUCCGACCAACCAAGAAACACCAUUUUGAUAACCAAAGUGUUGAAAAUCGGCUUAGCUGUGAAGGAUUGGGCUCGUCGGGAUGAGUUGGUGAAAUCUUCGGCCGUGGAGAGCGCUGUGGCGAGGCUGAUGACGUCGGAGGAAGGGGCGGAGAUGAGGAAGAGAGCCGCGGAGUUGAGUGGUUCAGUCAGGAAGGCAGUGGCGAAAGGUGGAGUGACGCACUUGGAGUUGGAUUCUUUCAUUACACAUAUUACUAGGUAGUUUUGUUCGUAAUUCUGACCUAUUCAGCUAUGUAAAAUCAAUUACAAAAUAAGUGUGUUAUACUUACAAUAUAAUUAGUUAUCUUUUUUAAUUGUAUAUCAAUUAUGUGGCAAAUAUAAUGCACUUGUCAUAUAAUUGGUUCAAGUCAGGCUAAAUCCAAUUUGGAUUGGAACUUUUCUCGUAUGUAUCUAAGUUAUCUGAAAAAAUUGAUAAAUUUGUAUGAAUAGCUAUAAUCAUGAAAUAUUAAUAUAAUAUAUUCUGA